AUGCAACUCGGUCUGAAUGGCGCCAAAGAUUUGAAUCUGAACGUGGAGUCCUGGUCUACGACUAUCAACAUCCACCAAGACAACAAGUAUGAUGAGCAAUCAGGAGAAAACCAAUGCGCCACCCCCAGUAUUUUCAAAAAUCCAAUCGUUAUUGGUGUCAUUGCAAUCAUUAUUCAUUACCUCCUUCUAUGGCUCCGCAAUAAGAUGACUGGCGAUGGGAAGACCAGCAAACAACCCGGGGACACUGUAUUCCAUGCAUCUUUCGAAAUCAAUGGUGACACGUAUAUUCUUCUCAAAUGCAACAACUCGAACGACUCAUAUUCCGAUGAUUUUGAUGAGCAGGACAAUGAGAUUGGAGAAACUUAUUUCUAG